CAAUUAGCAUUUGAAAAUAGGCGGGAAAUUGUCAGCGCAUAGUGUACAUUUGACCUACUCCACUAGUAUUCGCUUUUGUGUACGACAAACUAUAGAUAUCGUUUUUUCUUAAUGUUAGUGUGUUUAUUAUUGACAAAAAUAGCAUUCGUUUUCUGCCAAACUGAAAUCGUUGCCAUAAAAGGGCAAUUCGGGAACGUUGCCACGGGAUAUAAUAAUCAUUAAACCAACACAUGUUUAGUGUAACUAAUUCGAUAUAUGUGCAACUAACACCUAUUUGUAUUAAAAAUUCGCAAUGAACCCUACGAGGUGCAUCGUACCGAAAUGUAAAAACACGGCCGGCGUUCCGUUUCCAAAGGAUUUAGAAGUGAGGGAGAAGUGGUUGGAAGGGUUGGAACUUAACAAUUCCACAAUCAAACAGAGCAGCUUCGUUUGUUUGUCGCAUUUUGCACCCGCCGACUUGAGAGAUGAUGAUUACAGUAAAAGUCGUCGCCCCAUUCAGAGACUAAAACGGGGGGCAAUACCCUCAAUCUCGCACAACAAUGCCGCCCUAAGCGACGACGAUAGCAAUUCGUUGGCCAGCGAAAGUGAAACCGACGAAAAUGUCAUGUGCCGUGCCUGCAUGUCGGAUAAAAAUCUAUUUACACACCUCUCCGAUGACUUGGAGGACGAUCUAACUAUCUUUGCCGCAUUUAAUCUCUGUAUCAGCGGUUUAAAUAUCAACGAGGAUGACGAACUUCCCAAGUAUAUCUGCAGGGCGUGUUUGACGACAUUAAAAAUUGUGUACAAAUUUAGAAAAAAGUGUCUGACUUCCGAAUCGAUUAUGAGAGCGUGCUGUUUGGGCCAGGAACGCAAGAGAACGUCAGAUUCGGACACGGAUCACUCCACCAAGAGGCCAAAGACUAAUGAGGAGGGGGUCAGUAUAAACUCGCUUUCCGAAUUUGAGGUUAUAUACGAAGAUUCGACCCAUGCCGAUGACGAGACUGUCGUCCCCAAAACCGAGUUGAGUAUUGACGAUAUCGAGAGAAAUAUGGAGGAGAUUCACGGCAAUGGGGAUGAAAAGGUUCGAUCUGCUGGGGAGGCGAAGUCAGUCGACGGGGACGACACGGCGAAACCUGUCAGUGAUAGUGACGGUGUGUCUGUAGAAGAUAUCCUGACGACUCUCGAGGAAGGUACUGCCGAGAGUCUGCAGCAAAAUGGCAAGGAGAAGCCCGUUGUGCAGCCCUCUAAAAAGAUUGUGAUGAAAUCGAAUUUUCCUGUAAAGUACAAAAGGUCGCUGUCCCUAGGCGGGUUAAAGUUGCCCCCGGGUGUCAAGAUAAAGCCUUUGCAGACAUACACAAAGCCUGGUGUGUACCCGGCCGUUACACGGUAUGGCGUUUAUGAGAGUGUGUUUAUUCAAGCCGAUGAGUAUAUUUUUGAAAUUGGCUUAACCAAAGGUGAUAUGAGACAAUUGCGAUGCGGCCUUCCCACAUGUUCGGCUCAAGCCAAACAGAAGAGGCUGGAAAACGGCGAUCCUGCCGCCGAGCUCGAGGUGUUAUCGGCCCAUAACCACCCCGCGCCCGACGAAUUAAUAAGGAAGAAGCAGAUGUUCUUUUGCGUAAUGAGGAAAAAGAUGCAAACGGAUAGGACGCUCAAUAUUCGCAUUAUAUACGAAGACGCCUGCAUUCAGGAUCCCGAAAUUAGGCAGGUGGUUCCGUUGCGCAACGUCAUAAACGAGAUCUGUCGGCAUCAACUGAUGCUUAAGAUGAAGCCGGUGGCCUCGUUCGAAGAAUUUUACAAGACGAUCGAAAUGGAGAUGUUUGACAAGUUGCAUUUCACGCACUCCGGCCAGCAGUUUUAUCAGGACAAAAUUACCGUUCGCGAAGACUCGAGUAUGGCAAUUCUAUUUGCGAACGUCGAGACGAUUCGGAUGGUCUCGAAGAGCACCGUCAUGUACGUCGAUGCUUCCUUCAAAAUUGACACGACCGAAGAUUUUAAGUAUCAACUUCUAACGGUACUGGUUUGGGUAGAGGAAAGCUACUAUCCAAUUCUCUUCGGCAUCAUCAAUAAGAAAUCCCAGUUGAUAUUUCGACAAAUCUUCACCUAUUUGCGUGAUCGACUCGCACCAGAACUACGCCCGCAAGAAAUCGUCACGGACUAUGAAGCAAACCUAUAUUACGCUCUAACAGAAACGUACGUCGAUUCCACUAUCGGCGGAUCCGUCUUCUACUACACCCAGAACAUCUACAAGAAAAUCUGUUCGUUAAAUCUCUCGCGCGAUCUGGAAACGAACUCGUACUUCCGCAACAUUUACCACAUGCUCCUCAUGCUGCCCUUACUUCCUGUCAACACGAUACUCGACGGUUUAAAUAGCAUCGAACUGGAAGCGAAGAAUCUUAAUAUCACCGAACUGACGCGACCGAUAUUCGAUCACGUUCGCACCCAGUGGAUCCUCAACGUAACGCCUGAAUUGUUCUGCGUGCACAAGCUCGAAAAUCGCAUUAACGAGAACGUGAUCGCGCCUUUCAAAAAAUUAAGGGAUUUCCUCCUGCUGACCAAGGGAAAAAUGCACAAGACGAGCAUAACGGUCACGCACAUAAUCGAGAAGAUCAUCGAGUUGGAGGCGUUUUUGAAUAGCACGUACUCGCGAGCCGACAAGAAAUCGUUCGGUCGCGAUCUGAGCAGCUUCCAAAAGAAGAACGUCCUGAGGGCGUGGCAGUUUAUCGAGGACCAUCCGAAGAUCGAAAUAAGCAAUUUCUUCUCGAAGGUGCUCGGCUACAUCAAGUGCAUGGAGAAUCAGCUGUGGAUCUGGGGAUUUUAUCGUUACGACGGUGACACCGACGAUAUUUUAAUAAACGCCUCACAUUUUUCGAUCGUCAACGGCGUCGUUACGGAGACUCUGCUCGAGGAAGAGUCGCAGGAGGAGUUCUUCGAGUACAUGGAGGAGCAAGACAGUACGAUAGUGAUGGAGGCUGUGAUCGAUCAGGAUGGAGUGUUGCAGACGAACGAGGAGGUCGCCGAAACAGUCGAGGUGGAGAGCAAUAAUAAAAACACCAAGCAGUUCGAGUCGGCGUAUUUAAAAUAUGUGUAUCAGUAAUUUAAUACAUUUCGUUAGAAUUC